AUGUCUGGAAAUGAGCAGAAUCAUGGAGAAAGCCUCUCGAGUUCAUCUAGUAAUGGCUCUGAGACCAAGCCGAACGCCUUGCAAAAAGUGUGGCGCAACAACAAGGGCGUCUUUCUGAUUUUGCUUGCUCAAGCGACUGGUUCAACUAUGGAUGCCAUUGUCCGAUUUCUGCAGCAAGGAGGACAUGGUAUGCACCCUUUCCAGGUUAUCUUUGCUCGUAUGAGUAUCACAGCUCUGCUUAGUAGCAUUUAUAUGUGGUGCACAAAAGUACCCGAUUUUCCUCUUGGAGCGCCAUCUGUUAGAGGCUGGCUGAUUUUGCGAGCCCUGGCCGGGUUCUUUGGAUUGUUCUGUCUUUAUUAUUCCGUCCACUAUCUUCCUCUGGCCGAAGCAACAGUCUUCCGCUUCCUGGUACCAAUCAUCACAGCGUGGGCCUGUUCGAUAUUCCUUGGACAGACUUUUAGCAGAACCGAAUUUCUCGCUGGAGUGAUCGCGUUGUUGGGCGUUGUCAUCAUUGCCCAUCCAGCAGCCAUCUUCGGCAGAGUCGACGAUGACAUUGAACUUCCGCAUAAGCCGAACAAGAUCGACGAGGUCUCUUCUGGACAGCGUCUCCUCGCAAUCUUCGUAUCUGUCAUUGGUGUUCUUGGUGCUUCUGCUGCAUACACGCUGAUUCGUGUUAUUGGCUCUCGCGCACAUGCACUGAUUUCAGUCAACUAUUUCGCCUUGAUCAGCACUAUUGGCUCUGCUGGUGCUCUACUUGUACUUCCGGGAAUGGGAUUUACCAUGCCUCACGGCGCCCGUGAGUGGCUGCUCCUAUCACUCCUCGGUGUCCUGGGCUUUGUCCUGCAAUUCCUCCUCACCGCUGGAUUACAACUUGACAGAACCAGCAAGGCGACCAGUAUGCUAUACACAGGCAUCCUAUUUGCACUCGCGUUCGACUGGGCUAUCUGGGGUGUUUUCCCUGGCUUCUGGUCAUGUAUUGGAGGUGCUGUUGUUAUUGCCAGUACGCUUUGGUCUGCUUUGCAAAAGUCGAAGACGGCUUCUGCAGGAGUUGUACCUAAGAAGAAAGUUGUGGAUGAAGAGAGUGCACUUCUUGGAGCCCAGACUGAGGGUAGUGAAGAAGCUGCUCGGACAGGUGCAGUUCGCAACUCUGAAUAG